AUGGCUUCGAAACCGGUUCUUGGAUUCAAGGAUUUUGAAAGACUUGCCAGGUCAAUUGGUACGUUCAAGGAAGACGCGAGUCAGGAUUCGUGUCGGCGUUUUAAGAGUUGGAAUACCAAUUCGUUCAAGUUCUACCUAGACUUAGCUGUUACAGAUUACAAUAUCACGGAAGACACUCACAGAAGUUUAUUUCUGAAAUGUCUAGAUGAAGGUAUACGUAUGCGUCUGGAGAACGCGGUACUGCCAAGGGAAAUCACAGACUUCAACGUCGAACAACUUAUUGAGAAGACUCAGAUGUUCUUCCAGCGUAAGUGCAAUGCAAUUGUAGAACGAGUGAAAUUACAUCGGCGAAUUCAACGGGAAGAAGAGGCUGUACAGGAGUACCCCGAAGGAUUGAAACGAAUCGCAACGAAUUGUUCAUUCAAGGCAGGAGAAUACGCAGACAGAUUGAGAGACAUAUUUGUUGCAGGGCUGAAAGAUGACUCUAUUCUACAAAAGAUGUAUGAGAAGGAAGACUUACUGACGCAACCAUUGGAUAAAAUGAUUCUCCUAGCUAGGACGUUGGAAGGAGCAAGAGAUAGUGUUAUGGCAACACGUGAGGCAACGGCAGAAUCGCAAGGGAAAGUUUGUCAUCUACAAGGAAGAAAAUCUGUGAAGGGAGACAAACCUUACAAUAAACGUCACCAGGCCGGACGAGGGUUUGUCUGUUUUCAAUGCGGAGAAGAAGGACACUACCAAUGGGAAUGUACGAAGAAGACAGCGAAGAACCAAGAAAAAUCAUUGGGAUUUAGGCGUGGCAAAGUUGUUAAACCAGGAGAUGUAAUUCAGAGAACAAAGAAGGUACAACAAGCUCAAAACUCCCAGAAGGCAGAGUUAGAAGGAAGCUCGUCUCAGGAGGAUGAAUCAAGUUAUUGCAAUGACUCUGUCACAAAGAAUGUUUACUGUGCAGAAACUGUUCGUGAUACAUUAAGGAAACUUGAGGUGAAGUUACAAGUGGAUGACUGUUUCUUAACUUUUAGAGUUGAUGCAGGAGCAGACGUUUCCUUGAUGGAUGAGAUAGCGUGGAAUAAAUUGGGACAGCCCAAGUUGAGUAAGGAGAGGGCGCAGCUACGAAAUGCUUCAGGUCGAAUCAUGAGAUCUAGGGGCAUGAUGACAGGUCAGGUUAGAUUUUGCAACAACCUUGCACCUAUUCAAUUCUACGUGAGACAAGGAAAAGGCUCAAACCUGCUGGGAAUGGAUUGGGUAAAAAAGGUUGGGAUGGCUACAGUUUGCAUAGACUAUCUUAAAGCUAUGGGAAACCAUGGCGGUGUAAUGUUGACAGAAUCAAGUGAGAUUGCAGCACCAGUGGAGAAACUAUUACAGCAGUUCUCAGAAUUAUUUACAGAUGAACUGGGUUGCUGCAGUGAGAUUGUGGGCAUCUCUGUGCGACCAGAGGCGGAUUUGAAGGUUUUUCCAUUCCGGCGACCUCCUAUGCAUCUUCGGGCACAGAUCGAGUAG